AUGGCCAAACUUACAGACCUACCCAAUGAAGUUUUGGAGUCCAUAUACCACGCUCUUGGCAGUAUUGACGAUGUCCACCACUUGAUUCGAACAUGCAAGAUAACAGCACGUGUCACGUGUCAGCGAAAGGUCUAUCUCGGCAUCAUGCGUUCUAUCAUUCAUCAUUCCCCUCAACACAGACACGACUACCAGCUGAACAAGAUGCUAGCCGUCCAUGCACCUAAUUGGUCGGAUAUGGCGAUAUGUGAUGUCCUAGCUCGCUACCAAGGUCUCCGCAUAUUAGAGGACAUUUGGUUGAGCAGACAACUUGAAGAAGAGGAUUACCUAUCUGUAAGCGAUGCCGAAGAUCACCAGGAGUUCUCUGAAGGGUUUUUUACCCUUGUCACUCGUGCCGAUGAGUUGAACGAGGGACAAUUACAAAGACGGCACCCGAAAGAUAAGCAUACUUGUUCGUACACGAGCAUGAAUCCCGACCAAAGAGCUCGAUUCUAUGCUGCUGUUGUUCGCAUCUGGCUUGCGAAUGAAGUUCGAUGGGCGCUGACGAACUUCGACUCCGCUAAAAAUCUUUUGGAGCCCUGUAAAAUAGCGAUUACGUACCUUGAGGAUGAACCUCUGAUUGACAGACUGGAUGAAUGCGCCGUUUUUACUUUUAUGUAUCAUCAUCUGCUCCCAAGAAACAUCAAGUUCUUGGCAGAUAGAGAUUCAUCAAAGCUACCAUUUACAUUCGAGUCGGAUUUCCGCAGGAACAACGCGCAUUGUUGCAAAUUACUUCAGAUAUGCCUAACGGCAGGGCAAGCCUACUUUCAGCCGCCUGAUUUGAUUGAUCUCGCUGUUCGCUGGCGACUCGGCCGCCGGCCGCCUUACCCGGCCAUAACAAUGCCGGAGUCAAGUGAGGAAUGGAGGCACCCGCAAUCCACAGACUCCCCGCCCCUCACUGACCUGUGUGAUAAAGAUACGGCCCUGAGGUUACUGCGAGUCUGCCUUCGUCACGUCGCCAGGAUUGUACAGUCUUCGAUUCAAGAUGAUGCUCACCCUAUGGCUCGCUUACGGAAUGUGACGCAGCUCUUGCAACUGUCGCCUAGACAUGGGCUUCUAAAUAUCUCUGACUGGGCGAUGGCAUACCUUGUUGAUCGAGUGAUGUGUGAGUUUGAAAGGGACAAGUCACCCGAGGAAGACUUGAGGGAUAUGAAGAGUAUAUUCCAGGUGGAAUGGAAGGAUGUCCAGUGGGAGAUAUGGUGGUGGGCGAACAACGAUGACAAGGCAAGAAUGAAGAUGACGAGGUGGUUCCAGCGAAUUGGGCUACCCCGGUGA